AUGCCGCUGUGCGCUUACCCAUUGAUUCUGCAGCAGCAACUACUUCUGACGGAUGCAAUCCAACCCUCGACGUCUUGCCGUCGUGACCAUGUUGAGCUGGCGUGGUGGAGGUCAUACCUGCGGGAUGUCCUAUGCCUGAAGCACCCCGCAAGGACGGCGAAAGCUCGACGACAGGUGCGUGUCAUUGCGCUGUAUCUGUCGUCGCCUCAUGAAUUAUUCAGGUUGUGCACGAGCUCAACUGGUUCCGUCGAAGCAACAAGCUCCGAAGCUUUGGCUCUGCGAGAUACUGCUUUUUUAAGCUGCGGAGAUCGAAUGCAAAGAUCAUCCCUCUUCCGAAGUCAUGUCAUUCCACAGCAAUCUGAAUUUUUCAAAAACAUUUUGGGACACAAAGUGUAA